ACUCUAAGACAGGCAUGUCCAAAGUCCGGCCCGCGGGCAAAAUCCGGCCCGCGGUCGAAUUUCAUCCGGCCCUCGGCCUCUGUCAUAAAAUCAGUGCCGUCUGGCCCGCAGGUUGUGCACAAUGGGACACGUAUCGCACGGAGUGAGGUCUCGUAGACUGGUGAGUGAUGUCUCAUAUAGUUCUGCUUCCCUCUAGUGGCUAAAUGAGUAAUAGCAUUCACGAAAUGAGUAAUAGCAUUUAGCCACUAGAGGGCAGUAGCACUCUACGAGACAUCACUCACGAGUCUACGAGACAUCACUCCGUGCACAUAUUCACUUCCCAGUUUUCUAAAAUGGCGACAAUCAACAGAAAAAGGAAAGUUGACUGCGAGGGACGACGAUUCAAGGAUGGAUGGAAAUUGGAUUAUUUCUUCACUGAAAUACGCAACAACUGUGUCUGCCUCAUUUGCCAAGAGACAGUGGCUGUUUUUAAAGAUUAUAAUGUCAAGCGACAUUACCAAACAAGACACGCUGACAUGUACGACAUGAUUACAGGCAAGGAACGCACAGAGAAAUUGAAGCAGUUUGAAGCUCGUUUAAUCUCACAGCAGCAGUAUUUUGCAAGAGCUCGAGAGUCAAACGAGAACGCCACAGCGGCGAGUUAUGCGGUAGCAACGCUGAUCGCAAAACGUUCCAAACCUUUCAACGAAGGUGAAUUCAUCAAAGACUGCAUGAUGACGAUGGUGAAGAAAAUAUGCCCUGAGAAGCAGCAAGAGUUUGCCAAAGUCUGCCUGGCACGUAACACUGUGGCACGCAGGAUUGAAGAACUCUCAGCGGACAUCAAACGACAAUUGGGAGACAGAGGAAAAGAGUUUGAUUUUUUUUCGCUGGCUUGCGACGAAAGCACAGACGCCUCGGACACUGCUCAGUUACUUGUUUUUCUGAGGGGAGUGGACAAUGAAAUGAACGUGACUGAAGAACUACUGGACCUCCAGAGCCUGAAAACCCAAACAAGAGGAACGGACAUAUUCUCUUCUGUUUGCGCUGCCGUGAAUGACAUGAAACUCCCGUGGAACAAAAUUUCUGGGAUUAUUACUGAUGGUGCACCAUCCAUGACCGGCGAUCGAAGUGGACUAGCGACAUUAAUAAGUAACAAAGUAAGUGAAGAAGGGGGUAAAGCUGUAAAACUCCAUUGCAUCAUUCAUCAGCAAGUUCUGUGUGCCAAACAUCUGCGAUACGAACAUGUUAUGAAACCGGUGAUAAAAACUAUUAACUAUAUCCGCUCCAGAGCGCUAUGCCACCGUCAGUUUCAACAGUUUCUAAGUGAGAUUCACGCGGAAUAUGGAGAUGUUGUCUAUUACACUGACGUGCGCUGGCUCAGUCGGGGUUCUGCACUGUCACGCUUCUACUCUCUUAGGCAGCAAAUCAGUGAGUUUUUGGCUGAAAAGGGACAACCUAUGCAAGAACUAAGUGACCCUAAGUGGCUGUCUGAUUUGGGUUUUCUGGUUGAUAUCACAAAGCACCUUAAUAUCCUCAACACCAGUCUCCAGGGACCAGACGCAGUCAUAAGCCAAUUAUAUUCACACAUCAAAGCCUUUGGAAUUAAGCUGAAAUUGUUUGAAAGACACCUGUCGCAGACCCAACCCAAUACUGCACACUUUCCAGCGCUGCAAGAAAUCAUGACCACAUUCCCACAGAGCAAUGUCAGUGCGCAAACGAGGAGGUACGCAUCAGCUAUUUCAUCUCUGGCUGAAGAGUUCAGACAACGCUUUCAAGAUUUUGCAGCUAUCGAGAAGGAUAUCACUUUGUUUUCCUCACCUUUUUCUGUGGACACAGAUGAUGUUCCAGACCACUUGCAGCUGGAGCUCAUUGAGUUGCAGUGUGAUGCUGAGAGCCGCAGUCGGCACCAGGAACUUUCUCUGGCCAACUUUUACCGACAGCUCAAUAAGGACAGGUUCCGAGAGAUUCGAGCGUUUGCAAAGAAAAUGCUGAGCUUGUUUGGGUCGACGUAUUUGUGUGAGAAGACAUUCUCGGUUAUGAACAUAAAUAAAAGCUGUGUGAGGACACGGCUAACGGACAAUCACCUGCGAGACAUUUUGCGCAUCAAUACAUCUGCUUUUGAGCCAGACCUGCCCUUUGUGCUUCAAUCCAGAUCCCUAAUAUCACCCGUCACAUUAAGACAAACAAGUCAUUUGUCAGCUGGCAAUAAGUCUCUGAAUAAAUGUUUGUUAAGAUCUACAUCAGUCCUAAGUUUCAUUCCAGAGCAAACUUUUAAAAGUUCAAUCAACAUUUAUAUUGACUGAUAUGUCAUAUUUCAAAUGAUCCCCGCAGUUGUGGAUAUGUGUAUUGCUUGUUCAUUUCCCUGUUGUUCGAGUCAAGGCUUUGUGAGUAU